CGGAAGCGUCCCUCCUGGCGCACCGGAAGUGUAGGCCUCGGAGCCUUUGGGAGGGUGUCACCGGCAGAGGCGUCCCCGGAAGUGCCUCUGCGAAAGUGGUCCGGGCGGGUUCUUAGUCGGGCGGUUCCCUGGCUGUGGAGUGAGGAACGUUUGCGGCCGGCCAUGGAGUGAAAAGGCGGCGGCGGAGGAGGAGGAAGCGGGCCUCAGGGCCAGGAGAGCGCCUGCUGGGCCGCUGCGAGCCGUUCCCCCCUCCACUUGCCUCCAGGCGUGAAGCCUUCCUGUUUUAUGCUGGGCAGAGAGGAAAGCAGCGCCCAUGAGGGAGUACAAAGUUGUGGUUCUUGGGAGUGGGGGGGUGGGCAAGUCGGCCCUCACCGUGCAGUUCGUCACCGGGACCUUCAUCGAGAAGUACGACCCCACCAUCGAAGACUUCUACCGGAAGGAGAUUGAAGUGGACUGCUCCCCGUCAGUGCUGGAAAUCCUGGAUACGGCAGGGACGGAACAGUUUGCCUCCAUGCGCGAUCUCUACAUUAAGAAUGGCCAGGGAUUCAUCCUAGUUUACAGUUUGGUCAACCAACAGUCCUUUCAGGACAUCAAGCCAAUGCGGGACCAAAUUGUGCGUGUGAAGCGAUACGAGAAGGUGCCCCUGAUCCUGGUGGGCAACAAGGUUGACCUGGAAUCGGAGCGGGAGGUCCUGUCCGCCGAGGGCCGGGCCUUGGCUCAGGAGUGGGGCUGCCCCUUCAUGGAGACCUCCGCCAAGAGCAAGACCAUGGUGGAUGAACUGUUUGCAGAGAUAGUGAGGCAAAUGAACUAUGCAUCCUUGCCGGAAAAGCAGGACCAGUGUUGCACAACCUGCGUCGUCCAGUGAGCGAGAGAAAGCAGGACCUCAAUCAUGGCCAUACAGAGCAGAUAAAACUCAGAGGAGAUUUGCACAGAUGCUGCUUUGGAGAACCCUUUUCCAGCCCAGGCUGCAAAACUGAGCCUCAAUCCGCCCUGUCUCUCUUUCGCGCCCGUUUCCAGGCAUCGAGUGCAAGGCAAACACUCAAAAAAGAGGGUGAGAGGCAACCGCGGAGGCCCUUUCCUCGGCCGGCGACAGAAAAACGCUUAGCAUGUUUACCAUACAUUUUGGAAUAUCUGUUCUUUCAAUCUCUUGAAUCCUUUCUUUUGGUUACUUGUUCUUAUUUUUAAGAAAUAGCUUUCUAAGUUCCUAUUAACGGCUAAUAUGCAGCGAUUUUUAAAAAAAUAUUUCUUUAAUUGAGUUCCAAAAAAACAAACACUUGUAUUUAUUAUUUAACUCUAAACUCAGUAUUACCUACUUAAAUGCCUUUUUUUAAAGAAGAAAUUAGCAACGGAGAAUAAGAAAUUGAGCCUUAAAACGAAUGGUUACUUCUGUAUAUUACCUCACAUCCGUGCUUGAUUUUUAUUUUGGUUUUUUUUUUUUUGGUUCAUUUGCAAUAGUCAAAAAUGGUUUUUCCUCUCAUCCCGAAAUGUCAUUGGUUGAAAUGUUUGGUGGGAGGGGGUGUUCUAGAUAAAGAGAGUUCAAGUUCGAUUUCGAGGGGUGUUCCAACCUCCCUUUUUGCAAAGCAGGGCCCAGCGAGUUGGGUUACGAUGCGUGUUCUCUGUUCUUCUACGGCAUUUAGAUCUCGGAAGGUUUUUAGAAAUGUCCGAUGCGCCUCUGAAACGGUUUUGUUUCGGAUGCUUAUUGACUUGGAAGUAACCCUUCGCUUUGCGUUUUGGAGCAUGGGUUUCCCCAAGAUGACAAUGUGAGCACAUGUCAAAUUUUUUCAAAAGGACUGUAUGGUUUUUAGUUCUUAAACAGAUACUUUUUAUUGAUAUUUCGGAGCAAUAUUUCUUUUGCUUGGUGCUCGUCUUGCACUGAAGGUUUCCCCCCCUAUUUUAUGCGCUUUCCUUUGCUGUUUGUUGUCUUGACGACAGUCACCCAAUGCGUCUCUCAGCCGUUGCCUUCUGCAGAAUUUCCCCGUUCUUUUAACUGGGUUUUUCUUUUAUUUUCUUUUGGUCUGGAUACUUGAAACUUCCACAAAUGCAGGAUUGAGGCCGAACAAAGAGGUUAUAAAUAGUUGCAGCGUUUGAGUUUGAUCUGGAAACCCAUGUCCUCCCAUCCACUAUGAAUUGCAGAUUUCAAGAGCCUGUCCCAAGCCAUUUGGACGCCAUUCUUUCAUUUUUAACACUCUGAUUUUCUUAAUGGAAACUCUAAACUCAGUAUGUGUCGGAACCCAGACGCCUCAAGACUCCUUUUCCUUCUUCUAACACCCAUACUAUCACUUGCAGUGUUACUAACAGGCUCUACUACAACAGUAUGACCCACGCCAGUGAUGGGCAACCUUUUGAGCUUGGUGUGUCAAAGUUCACCAAAAAGCAAGCAUUACUUGGGUGGGGUGUCACUGUUGCAUCCCAGAUCAGGAAACGAGACCAUAAGAUUAAAUCCACCACACUGGACUGUGGGAACAAACAAUCCUUUUUAUUGAUGAAAAAUGGUUACAAAAGAAAAGUAAAUGCAAAGUCAAAAAGCCACAGUAGAAACUCAGCAGUCAGGAAAAUCUCUGAACUAGAGCAAAAUUCCAAAAGCAAACAAUACAAAAACCUGGAACCUGUUAGCAUCUCACUAACCGUACUUGAAAACUUGAAAGCCUCUGGGAAUGCAGGCCAUGGGAAACGGGAAAUCUGCCAAGGUGUUGCCUCAGUCUAAACGAUGCUUGAUCUAACGAGACAGCUCGGAGAGAGGCCCCUUAAACUAAAGAAACUGUUCCUUGACACGCCUCCAGACUUGGAAGCCUGAGCCUCCCUUUCCCUUAAUCUACUUGACCUUCGCAGCCCCUGCGAUUCACUCCUGUUUUUCCAAAUCUGUUUCCUUCGAUCCUCAUUAAAAAACCCAGGUGUGAGUUCCUCCGGAGAGCUAUCACUGCUUGGUUCCAAAACAUUCUCAUCAGGAGAGUUAGUUUCAUUUUCCCCGGCACUGACCUCAGAAUUAACAGUUUCAAAACCAUCAGGGAAAGAUACAUGUUCAGAAGCCUGUUCAGUUGCAUCAGGAAAUACAAUCAGAGAAUCAGGUUCAGGUUCACACAGAGACAGGCUCAGGUUCACACGGAAGCUGAGCCCCAACAGUCACUUCGAGAGAAAAAAAACCCUAUAAUUUUGCGAUAUUUACAGUUUAAAUAACAAAAAUGAAUACUAGUAAUAAUAUAUGGCGGGAAAUUGCACCCAUAACUCAGACUCUCGCCUCUCCCAGCUCCCUCCUCCCCUCACUUUUCUCAGUAAUGAUGGUCACUUAGAAAUCCACAACACCCCAGAACAGUAAAUUGGAUGAUGGUUGCUGUGAUUAUGUGGUUGCUGGUGAUGGAGAUCACAAGGCCCCCAGAGAUGUGUCCCCCACGGCAUUCCGCCGCUCCCUGCUCCCUAAUGGCCUAACUGGAAGUUCCAGAACUAGAUGCUAAACUACUGCAAAUGUUUUAUCCUCGGCUUCUGCACCUGGCCAUGCAGGAGCCAAGGAUGAAAUGUCCUUCUUGGGAUGUAGACCCAAACUUCUCUGUCUGCAGCCGCGUGUCAUCAAAAAUGUCUACACGUGUCAGUACUGACACGCGUGUCAUAGGUUCGCCAUCACGGACCUACGCAAUACAUAGACAGAAAUUAUUUGGCCAUUAAGUGAUAUCGAUUGGCAACACUGCAUUGGCAACAAAAACUAGAAUUUUUGUUUGAAGGGAGACAACUCUACAUCCGAAAAGAGAGACAUAACAGCAUAAUGGUUGUCUCCAUUGAGUCCUAGUAAAUAUUAGUAAAUAUUAUGGUCAUUGAGUGAUAUUGAUCGGCCCAGUGAUUGUCAACACUGCAUUGGCAACAAAAACUAGAAUUUUCAUUUGAAGGGAGACAACUUUACAUCUGAAAAGAGAGACAUAACAGCAUAACGGUUGUCUCCAUUGAGUCCUAGUAAAAACUAGUAAAUAUUAUAGUUGUUAAGUGAUACCGAUUGGCCCAACAAUAACUGAGAAUGCAUUGGCUAGAGUUUUUGUUUGAAAGGAGAUAACUUUACAUCUCAAAAGAGAGAUGUAACAGCAUAACGGUUGUCUCCAUUGAGUCUUAGUAAAUAUUAUGGUCAUUGAGUGAUAUCGAUCGGCUCCGUGAUUGGCAAUUUCAUUGGCAACAAAAACUAGAAUUUUCGUUUGAACGGAGACAACUAUACAUCCGAAAAGAAAGACGUAACAGCAUAACGGUUGUCUCCAUUGAGUCCUAGUAAAAACUAGUAAAUAUUAUAGUUGUUAAGUGAUACUGAUUGGCCCAAUGAUAACUGAGAAUGCAUUGGCAGCAAAAGCUAGAGUUUUCUUUGAAAGGAAGUAAACUUUACAUCUCAAAAGAGAGAUGUAACAGCAUAACGGUUGUCUCCAUUGAGUCCUAGUCAAUACUAGUAAAUAUUAUGGUCAUUGAGUGAUAUCAAUCGGCCCAGUGAUUGGCAACACUGCAUUGGCAACAAAAACUAGAGUUUUUGUUUGAAGGGAGGCAACUUUACACCUCAAAAGAGAGAUGCAACAGCAUAACAGUUGUCUCCAUUGAGUCCUAGUAAAUACUAGUAAAUAUUAUGGUCAUUUAGUGAUAUCGAUUGGCCCAGUGAUUAGCAACACUGCAUUGGCUAUAAAGUGAUAUUGAUUAGCCGAAUGAUAGCCCAGAAUGCAUUGGCAACAAAAGCUAGAGUUUUUGUUUGAAGAGAAGCAACUUUACAUCCGAAAAGAGAGAAGUAACUGCAUCUCAGUUGUCUCCAUUGAGUCCUAGUGAAUACUAGUAAAUAUGAUGGCUAUAAAGUGAUAUUGAUUAGCUGAGUGAUAUCCCAGAAUGCAUUGGCAACAAAAGCUAGAGUUUUUGUUUGAAGGAAGACAACUCUACAUCCGAAAAGAGAGACGUAACCCCAUAACGGUUGUCCCCAUUGAGUCCUCGUAAAUACUAGUAAAUAUUAACUUCUGGCUUCCCAGAUUGGAAAUCUUUCAAGUUUGGUUUGCACUUUAAUAGAAGACGCCCAACUGAAGAUUGUUUCCAAACCCGGCCUGGCCGUGAAAGAUGCGCCAAUGGGACCCAGAAUUCAAAUUGUCCAAUUUCCAUGAUUAAAAUUGUGUUCAAAUUCCAUUUUGAGUCAAUGCCUGUUUUAAAAGGAAAGGCUGAAAUAAGGGACCAAAAAUGUUCAGUGGUAAAUGGUUGCUUUUACAUCAUUUAACAAUGAGAUGCAAAUCUGCAAAGGUGUCUUUUUGGCACGUGAGGAUCGCAUCCUUCGCUUGGGAGAGGCUCUUCAAAUAAAGGCCAUUUUCAGGUUUUUCCAGGCCUUUUAUUGGCUGGAGUUGGAGCGAUUUAGGGAGGCUGAGAUGGACCCAGAAGGGUUGUUUUUCCCCUUUUCCGGGUGCAAAGCGAGGCAAGUCAGACCUAACUCUGGGCCCCGAUUCUCCGCUCAUAGCACACGGCUCUUGCUGUCGAGACACCACUCACAGGCCCCCCAAAACAAUACCGCCCUUCUUGUAUCCAAUGUACUGUAUGUCCUUUUCACCAAUGAGAAAUGUUUGGAGACAAAAUCCGGGCACGGAUCAAAGAGCAAAAAAAGCAGAGCAAAGGAUGCCUUGCAAAGGUUGGAAAAGGCCGCCUCUUAACUCCAUCCACCUGGUUUUCAUUGGUUCUUCUUUUGUAAGACAAGCCUAUGGUCCACCUGUUUAUAACUUUUUUAAUAAAAUAGAUACCUGUAUUACCAAA